AUGAACACUCUGAAAUGUGCUGCAUGCAGGGAGCAGAACAACAAAUUCAGGCAAAAGGGAACGCUGAAAAAAAAUCUAGAGAGCUCCUCUGUGAGAAAUACAGAUGUAAGAAACGUCAAGAUCCUGCUGGCUGGACAAAUUGCAGCAGGAAAGUCCAGCUUCAUAAACUCGGUCAACAGCGCUUUUCAAGGACAGAUUGUUAAUGAAGCGCUUGCUGGUUCAACCGUUGGUGCGGGUUUCAGUUUGACCAAAAAACUCACCAUAUAUGAAAUCAGAAAUGAACGUGGAGAUGUGUUGCCUUUCGCCAUCGGUGAUAUAAUGGGCUUAGAAUCUGACACGUUGUCUGGGUUACAAGUAGAUGACAUCAUCAGCACCAUACUUGGGCAUGUAAUGGAGGACUAUAAAUUCAAAGAAAGCAAAGCAAUCACUUCUGAAGAUGAAUUUUACAACAAAAACCCUUCGGUCUCUGACCAGACUUUCUGCCUGGUUUACAUCAUAGCUGCAGAAUCAGUCAAUUUAAUACAUCCACAACUUUUUGAGAAGCUGAAGAUGAUCCAUCAGAUAGUCAGUGAAAAGGAACUUCCUCAAGUGAUUGUCAUGACCAAAGUUGAUGAAGCAUGUCCACUGGUGAAGAAUGAUCUAAAGAAGAUCUACACUAGCAAGAAGAUUAAAAAGCUGAUGGAGAAAUGCAGUAUGGAAGUGGGUGUACCGAUGAGCAACAUCUUCCCAGUGAAGAACUACCAUGAUGAGAUUGACACAAAUGAUGAAAUUGAUGUUCUGAUUUUAAAGGCAGUUGAUCAGAUUGUACGUUCGGCUAAAGGAAAAGUGGCAAAGGGUGCUUUAAAGUGAUGGGAAGUUGAUGCAUCUUAUCUACACUUUCUCUCCAUAUUCAGUUUUUCUAAAAAAUAAAAUUUGUUAAAUCACACAGUACCCAUUAAACAGCCUUAAAACAAAAAAAAUAGAAAUAGUAUGUUGUACUAACAAAUGAUUAUUUAGUGUAGUGCAUUUAGUAUAUUUUUCAUUUGACCUGUAAUAAGAU